AUGACUGCUACAGAGGGAGAUAUUGAGAAAAAGGUGUCGCCGGCUGUUCAGCCGGCAUCAUCUUCUGAUGUUGCGCCUCCAGCCUAUGGGGAGUCCGGGCCUGUUGAGGACAUUGAGGCCGGAACCUUGAAACGACAUCUCAAGGGCCGUCAUAUGCAGAUGAUUGCUAUUGGUGGUGCGAUUGGUGCUGGUUUAUUCGUCAGUACGGGAUCGGCUCUGCGAGAGGGAGGUCCUGGUGCUUUGCUUCUUGGUUAUCUGAUUGUCGGAUUCAUGUUGUUGUUGACCGUUCAAGCUCUGGGAGAAUUGGCCGUCCUCUACCCACAAAAUGGUGCUUUCUUCAGCUACUGCGUUCGGUUCAUCAGUCCUGCUUGGGGUUUCGCUGUCGGCUGGGACUACGCACUUAAUUGGCUUGUUAUUCUACCCUUCGAAAUUACGGCUGCCGGUAUGACCAUUCAAUUUUGGCGAGACGACUUGAACAUUGGUAUCUGGAUUACGGUAUUUCUGGUUGUCCUAUCGGCAAUCCAGAUCUUUGGUGUUCGAGGCUAUGGAGAAGUUGAAUUCGUCCUUGGUGUCAUCAAAGUCACCGCUCUCAUCGGUUUCAUCAUUCUCGGUAUCGUGAUCGACUGUGGUGGUGCACCAAAAGGUGGAUACAUUGGAGCGCACUACUGGUACGAACCGGGCGCUUUCACCACCUUCUACGGCUUCUGCUCCGUCUUCACAACCGCCGCCUUUGCUUUCAGUGGCACUGAGAUGACCGGUCUUGCUGCUGCCGAGGCCGCGAACCCUGCCAAGUCCGUCCCCAAGGCCUGCAAGCAAGUCUUCUGGCGUAUCAUGAUCUUCUACAUUGUCGGAACCUUGAUCGUCGGUCUGAUUGUGCCCCACGAUGCCGACUUCCUCCUCGGUGCUUCUGGAUCCAACACCAAGGCUUCUCCCUUCGUCGUCUCCAUCCAAAACGCCGGUAUCUCCGGUCUCCCCUCGGUUAUGAACGCCGUCAUCACCAUCUCGGUUAUCAGUGUCGCCAACUCCGCAACAUACGGAUCCAGUCGUACCAUCCAGGCCCUUGCUGGCCGCGGCAUGGCACCCAAGUGGAUGGCAUACAUUGACAGCAAGGGUCGCCCGAUCUGGUGCAUCCUCUUGCAGAUCUUGUUCGGUUUCCUGGCUUUCAUCAAUGAGACUACUGACACCGGUAGCGUCAUCUUCGACUGGCUCCUGGCUUUGUCUGGUAUCUCCAACUUCUUCGUCUGGGGCAGUAUCUGUUUAGCACACAUCCAGUUCCGUAAGGCCUGGCGCCACAACGGUCGCGAGGUCAACGAGCUUGCUUACACCGCCCCCUUCGGCGUCAUUGGUAGUUGGAUCGGCCUUGGUCUUAACAUCCUUUGCCUGAUUGCUGAGUUCUAUGUCUCGGUGUACCCUAAAAAUGCCGAGGACUUCUUCAUGAAUUACCUCGCUGCUCCGAUUGCUAUCCUGCUGUUCAUUUUCUGGCAGGUGUAUACCUAUUUCAACAAGGAUCCUGCGCUUGAGCGUGGAGGCUGGUUCAUCAAGGUUGAGAAUAUGGACGUCCUUAGUGGUAUGCGUGAUGGCAUCUUGGAUGUCGAUCUACCACCCAAGGUCGAGUACCCUACUUGGGGUGCUUGGUUCAAGGCGGCUCCUAUGAGAAUCUUCCGCUCUUUGUUCUAG